UCGAUACUGUAGUCGCAGUAAGUCUCAUCGUUUCUACAGCGAAUCACACUACUUUCAGAGUUUUUUUCGAAAACCUUUUCUUUCACGAAUCAAAGAUGGACCCAUAUUAUAUUAAUGUCAAUCUUAAAUUAGCCUUGUUCUCAAUCAUCAUCGCAUUUUAUUUCACGGCUCGGUCAGUCGAGGCUGAAUUACCCAACGAGAAUAUCAUGAAGGCGGCAUCGUGUUUAAGGGAAGUCUUGGGCGAGAAGAUCGUAGAAAAAUCCUCGAAAAAAAUUGGAGAUACUUUAACAGAUGGAGAAUAUUUAAAAGUUCACUGCGAUGAAGUUUUUGACGGAAAGUUUUAUGCAUUGAUCAAAAAUAAAGCUCCUGAAGACUACGACGGAACAAGCAUAAAAAAAUGUCUGGCGAAGACAAAUAGUGAAAAAUUAUUUCAGGAAUACGUUGAUUCUGCAGAAUUGGACCAAAAUGACGAUGAAGAGCCUAAAGAGGGAUCCGAAACUGUUCAGACAAAGGAAUACGUUGAUUCUGUAGCAUUAAACCAAAAUGACGAUCAGAAGCCUAAAGAGGGAUCCGAAACCGUUCAGACAAAGGAAUACGUUGAUUCUGUAGAAUCAAACGAAAGUGAAAGUCAAGAGCCUAAAGGCAGAUCCGAAACUAUUCAGGAAACAUUAGAAAGAAAUUUAAAAUUAUCUAAAACUCCACUUAUGAAGUUCUACAAGGGAGCAUGUAAAGUGGACAUCAAACCCAUUAACUUCAAUUCUUUGAAAGAUGAAAAAGAAAAAGAAAUGACGGUGCAAUGUUUGGCAAAAUGUGCCAAUAAAUUCUUAAUCAGACUUCAACGUAAGUUGAUAGUUGCGAGAGACCAAGCCCUAAAGUCGACACUAAAUGAAGUGAUAUUGAAAAAGGAAGAAAUUGAAAAGCUGAAAAAUAUUCUAAAGCCUUCAAAGGAAUUGACCACAGAAAAAUUUUAUGCGGCACUCAAAGAAGCUAAUGAACCAUUGAGUAUCGAUCGGAUCUCCCAAAUUGGAAAGGAAUACCUGAUCUCUUACAAUGGCCUAUACUACAAUUUAGAUAGGUACAUAGAUGAUAUGGUUAGGUUUUCUACUGAAUUGGUACACAUCGACCACCAUUUAAAUUCUAUGCGAUCACUAUAUCAAGACUGUGCUAAACUAGAAUGUGCCAUGGAUACAAACAGUACUCCAUUAAUUGGUUUAAUUAAAUCUGCAACCCAAAAUUCCUAUUGGACAAUCUUAAAGGCGUUUGAAAAUGAUACAGAAGACGUGAAGAAUUGGAUGGACUUACAUAUUGGCGAUUGGUGGAAAUUUUGCCAAACUUUGAUGAUAGACUAAAGUUACGAUCACUUUGCCAAAAGAAAAUCUCUCGCUUAUAAUCAAGAUUCAAUUAUGUAGUUUUUAAUAUUAUUCCUACCACAAUAAAUUUUCAAGUACCUAGAUACCUAAUUAUAUUUUUCUGUCCAUUUUCAUCAUUUAAUAUUAUGUUAUUAAGUAAUUGGUAUUAUUGUUAAGAUAAUAAAUAUGCAUAUAGAUAUAAUUUUUAUAUUAUAAAACUCAUCAAUAAAUUCUUCAUUUUCAAAGCUC